AUGUCAGAAAGUAACGUCCCGACGGAAUGCUCGACGCCUACAACGUCUCUGUGCGAAGAAACGGACCGUCAGAUCCUCAAAUGGGCCGGAAAACUGGAACUGGAAUCAAUUGAUUUGCGAGACAAGUCUGCCAGGCUGUUUCAGGUGCUGGAAACUAAUUCACAAACGCUGAAAAACUCCUAUGAGAAGAUGGCAAUUGCAACAGCAGGAUUUGGCGGAAUAAAAGAGGUUCAAGAACAGCUUAAACACACGUCACAACUUUUGGAAACCAUUGUGAAAGCCCAAAGCGAGAGCCGCACGCAUUUGGAGGAUUUCCGGAAAAAUUCGGUAGCGCUGCUGGCCAAUAACACAGCUGUUCAGUCCACAGAGUUCGAUAAAGCUGCACGUAACUAUAAGAAUGGGCUCGAUCAAGUUUCGGAGCACAUUGACAGACAACUUCAAUCUUAUCACUGCGAACAAUCGGCACAAAACGUAGCUAGCGUUUUAAAGGCUGAAAGCGCUUUCACAAGUCUCAUGAGCCAAAGUGUAGCUGCGUCACAGGUACUGACGUCAAUUUCAGCGGUAACUUCAAAGAUUUCUGAGCGGUUGGUGGCAUUGGAAAGGAAAUCAGAGGGAUGGCAGGGCAGCAUUAGCACAUUGUGUGAUCUGAAGAAAGAGCUGGUGGGAAUUGAAGAAGUAAAGGCCGAAUUGGCGACACUGAGGGAGCUUAAAUCGGAUGUUGCUUUUCUAAGACAAAACUCAACGAGUUCAGACGCUUUGAAAAGUCUCAGGACAGAAGUGGGAGAGUUGCGGGGAUUAAAAACAGACGUGGAUGCCGUCCUCAGUCUGAGAAUGGAAAUGAGCGCACUUCGAAAAUUGAUUGUUGCGACCACAGUACGAGAAAAGGAACACAGACCCGAAAAGUCUACUUUACCGCCAAAAUCUGUUCCAAAAAUCACGAAACCAGUGUCACCAGCCUCAUCCCGUGAACGGCUACGACGCAGGAGAACGCAAACAAGCGCUGGGACGCGUUGGAUCAUCCCUUGGGAUGAGAUUUCGGAUAACGAUUCUGCUACAUUGAUGUCGUGCGAGCUGUAA